UACAAACAAGUUUCCUAUGAGUGUGUGAAUACAGGAACGUCUAAAACAAAAUUCAAAACACACAAAUCAUAUAAAUAAGUUAUAGUGCAUUCUUGUUUUUAAAAAUCUUCUACCAAUUAACAUCUGAUAGCCUGGUCUACAAUUUAGAAUCUAUUUUCUAUUCAAAAAUACAAUCUCGCCUGUUACAGUAUCCCUAACAACAGAGAAAAACCAUUAAUAAUAUUGCAAUGCACGAUGUCAGACAGACGGAAUCUACAAAUUCCCUCAUAUUGUCUAUAACCCUACUUAUUCAAUUAACAAUAUUUGAUACCGUACCGUAUCAUUCAAAAAAUAUCUUAACAAUUAACUGAGUAAUUGAAAAUUCCAAUCUGCUGAUGUUUUUUUGCCAUAUACACAUUUCUGCAUUUACUUCAGCGAUUAUUUCUGUAUUUACCACUAACUGACUAACUUUUUAUCAGUAACAGAGAAAAUACUGAAAUAUGAAUUCACAUUGUAUACACCAAAUAUUGACUUGUACAUAGGCGUUGCGCAUCAUAGCACAAUCUCUAUUCAGUGAUACCGUAACAUUCGGAAGUUAUUCAGAACCCGUCGUACAGUCGUAGCACUGACACUGACAGAGGGAUGCAAUAUCCUAUCCUAUACGCUUACUUUUCCUGUUUUUACAAUUCUAGUUUGAAAAAAAUGCUGAUAGGAGUACAAUAUAAUAUCGGAUUUUUUAUUGCGAUAACGGAAGACUCAAGAUCGCAGAGGGCUGGUAGCGAGAUCUCAUUUGCCAUCAUGAACACGAAGAAAGUUCAGUAUGAGAAUACAUACAGGACGGAUCCUUCAGCCCGUUUUAAGCCGUAUGAGAUAGAAGGAACCGCGAAAGCCACACUGGAAGAACAUCUUGGGAGUAAGCCGUACGAUCCUAAUAUGUGUAAAACGGAAUGCCAAGUAAUCGCGGCCAAGAUAUCCGAGGCUAUCAAGGCAAAGAAUUACAAAAGAUACAAGCACGUCGUGGUUGUGAGCAUAGGAAGCCUAAAAGAGCGACCAAGUGUCUACCUUGGCAGCAGAUGCCUGUGGAAUGACAAGACUGAUUCAUUUACUACAGUCAGAUACAAGAACUCGUCGUUGUAUGCAAUAGCCAUGAUUUACGGUCUUUAUUACGAAUAGCAACUAGCAAACUAUUUGACUUUUUAUUUGUGGAAAUAUAUAUUUUAUCUAACUUCUUGUUUAUUUCCUUUAUACCUGUUCAAAACUAUACCCACAACCAAGUUAAUUAACUCCCAGAAAUGGUAUUGGCGUAUAAUAAGCCACAAUGUUCGGUAAAAACACAUUUUCACUGUUAAUACCGAAGUUUUUCGUUACCGAAGAAGCACAUUGUUGAUUUUUUAUUGAUAUGCAUCACUGUGGUAUAUUUACAGAAAAAUAAAUAAAACGUAAAAUGUG